GCCAAAACGCGAAUGAACAUCGACCGUGGAAGUUGACUGCUGAAGUACAAAGCGCUAGGCUGAAGUAUACGAAAUUCAUGUGAGACUAGCGAGCCGCGGCCUCACUAGCCAAAGCCAGCCACAACCAAAAAACCAAAAAAAAAACCAAAAACAAAUAACAGGCAGCAGCAGGAGCAGCUCACACACACACAUCGACGAAGCGCCAGGACCCGCAUCACCAUAUCCUUCCUGCCAAACAGUCGCCACUGCUGCCGCCCCCGCUCCCCGCUCCCCUCGCAGGAGUCACACUUCGUUAAACGCUGCUCAAAACCCAUCAUCCAACUAAUAAAGCGAACGAUAAACAAGCGCAUUAAGCACCGCAGCGACCGAGCUAUUAACGCUAGUCUGGAUCUGGAUCCCGAUUGCUGAUUGGAAAGGAGAAACAUUGGCAGCAUUUCUGAUUAGGGGCAACAACACAGCAAAACAAAAUGCCGCCAAAUGCAAAAUCGGAAACGGACGCCAAACCGGAAGCGGAACCAGCGCCAGCGUCCGAGCCGGCAGCGGAACUGGAGUCCGUGGACCAGAAGCUGCAAGAAACACAUCACUCCAAAUUCCGUGAGGUGGACAGGCAGGAGCAGGAGGUGCUCGCCGAGAAGGCGGCGGAGGCGGCCAGUCAAAGAAUCGCACAGGUGGAAUCAACAACACGCAGUGCAACCACAGAGGCUCAGGAAUCCACCACCACCUCAUUGCCGGUGAUCAAAAAGAUCGAGCAUGUCGGCGAAGUGGUCACCGAGGUGAUCGCGGAGCGCACGGGGCUGCCCACAUGGGGCGUGGUGGCCAUCAUCAUACUCGUGUUCCUGGUCGUCUUUGGUAUAAUCUUCUUCUGUGUGCGGAGAUUCCUGAAGAAGCGAAGAACCAAAGAUGGUAAGGGUAAGAAGGGUGUCGACAUGAAGUCGGUACAGUUGUUGGGAUCGGCGUACAAGGAGAAAGUUCAGCCUGAUAUGGAGGAACUCACCGAAAAUGCCGAGGAGGGCGACGAGGAGGACAAGCAGAGCGAACAAAAGCUGGGUCGCCUCAACUUCAAGCUGGAGUACGAUUUCAACUCGAAUAGUUUGGCCGUGACGGUGAUCCAAGCCGAGGAGCUUCCCGCGUUGGAUAUGGGCGGCACCUCGGAUCCCUAUGUCAAGGUGUACUUGCUGCCCGACAAGAAGAAGAAGUUCGAGACCAAGGUGCACCGCAAGACCCUGAGUCCGGUCUUCAACGAGACGUUCACCUUCAAGAGUUUGCCCUACGCCGAUGCCAUGAACAAGACGCUAGUGUUUGCCAUAUUCGACUUCGAUCGCUUCUCGAAGCACGACCAGAUCGGCGAGGUGAAGGUCCCACUGUGCACCAUCGACCUGGCGCAGACGAUCGAGGAGUGGCGCGACCUGGUCAGCGUUGAAGGAGAGGGCGGACAGGAAAAGCUGGGAGACAUCUGCUUCUCGCUGCGCUACGUGCCGACCGCCGGAAAGCUAACCGUCGUCAUCCUGGAGGCCAAGAACUUGAAGAAGAUGGACGUGGGCGGACUGUCUGAUCCAUAUGUGAAAAUUGCAAUCAUGCAAAAUGGCAAACGUUUGAAAAAGAAGAAGACAAGUAUCAAAAAAUGCACCCUCAACCCUUACUAUAAUGAGUCGUUCUCAUUUGAAGUACCAUUUGAACAAAUACAAAAAAUCUGUCUCGUUGUGACCGUCGUGGACUACGAUCGUAUUGGAACCUCCGAACCCAUCGGCCGCUGCAUACUUGGCUGCAUGGGCACCGGAACCGAGCUGCGUCACUGGUCGGACAUGUUGGCCUCGCCCCGCCGGCCCAUCGCCCAGUGGCACACCCUCAAGGAUCCCGAGGAGACCGACGAGAUCCUGAAGAACAUGAAGUAAGGCGGCGCCAUGGAUAACCAAUGCAGACUUGCAGCACAUCUAUCAAACGUAUAAAAGUAACCAAAGAACACUUACGCGAACCGUCAGACAUUGAAAUCGAAUGCAUCAUCAUCAGCUACAAAUGAUCCUCCUCACCCGAAACGACAAGCAACAAUCAGCGAAAUAUCGUAGUUAAUGCAAAAAUUGUUCAUCUAUGCAGUUAUCUCAACAUAAACAUACUGGAACACACAAAAUGCCGAUUAAGUAAUACCAUAGGUGUCUAAGUUAUAUCUCAUUGGUUGAACAGCAAAGCGAAGUGAAAGCUAUGAAAUCCUAUAUAGAAAGCAAUGUGUCCCUUUCACUGGCCGGAAUCCGAAAUAGUUCGAUCGAUUUUACAUACAUGUAUAAUCCACACAUGAAUUCAUUCUGAGAUCUAUGAAUUUGUUGUUGUCCCUGAUUGAGAUUUUCCAAACUAUGAAAAUUACGAGUAUGUUCUAUUUAAAUGCAAAAACUCUAUAUACUCAAACUAUUUAACGGACGAACGAGAGAGUAUGAUUUUUAAAUGUUAAGUUUACUUUCGUUUUUAAAUUAGUGCAAUGAUUAGAGGGAUCUUUCCGGUUUUAAAUUGGUUUUUCAAUCGUUGAAGGAUUACUAGUGAAUAAUAUUACUGACUAAUGCAUAUACAUAUAUGAAACAAAACAAGAACGUAAAGGCAACUUAAACUGUUAUGUAAAUUAUUUAUUAUGUUUAAAUUAUUGAGCAUUACGUACUUAACUGUGUAAGUAUUAAUCUAUGUGUGUUUAAAAGAAAUGGACAUGGCAGACAUAUUAACAGGAGAAUGGAAGGGAAAUCAUAAAAUAUAUAUUAUAUAUAAAUAUUAUGUAUAACGACCUAACAGAAUCAGACGAAUAAGUAGAAGGGAAACCAAAAUAAAAACCGAAAACCAAAAGCAAAUAACAAAAGUUAAACUUUGAAGCGUGAUUUCAACGGAAUAUAUCAUCAGUUUAAACUUAAAGAAAAUAUCGAACAUUUUGCACAAUGGAUCAGAUUGGGAUAUUCUUUUUUAAUUCGAACACUUUGUAGAAAUAUGGCUCAGUUUGGGAAAGGUUUCCAUUUUCGAUAAGUUUUUCCUUUUGUUAGCUUUAAAUUUGCGUUCCAGUUUAAACUAUUAGUUUGGUAGCUUCUUCUUCUCGAAUAUUAAGGUUUCUAUAACUAUCUAUGAGUCGUUUUACUCGUUUCCGACUUUAACACAUUCCCUAAUUUAGAAAUCAUAUUAGGACCUAAUGAAAAUAUACAUACUAACUAAAUGAUUAUGGCAAAAAUGUUAAAACAGAAAAAGAAAUAUUAAGAACAAUAAUAGUUAUUACUAUUUAUAUUAUAUUCAAGUAUAUGACAUCUAAACAAUAUACAUUUAUAUAAACUUGUGCUCCUGCUGCACAAGCCUACUAAGAAUUUGGGAUUUUUAAUAUGGAAAAGCGGCGGCAGCAAAACUUCUACCUACCUAAAACACAAACUAGCUAAUUAAGCUAACAAAAAUGUAAUCCGAUAUUGAAAUCGAUAUUCGAAUUUGAAAUCAAAGUCGAGACGAAGGAUUAACAGUGAGCCAUGAUUUUCUGAUUUUUUCCAUAUUGAAAGUAAAUGAAAUUCAACUAAUACAUUAGAUGUUUUUGUCCUGUAAAUGGUAUAUUAUAAUGAUAAUGAUAAAGAUAAAGCGUAGUUAGGGAUCUGUGUAUCCCCUGUACACCCACUUACACAGUUGUAGUUAUGUUCACUGAAGCAAGAGAAAUGCGUAGGAGUACACAAAGAACAAAGAAUGCAAAACUUACAAAUCGAGAAAAUACCAAAAAUAUUUAUGUAAUAUAAUUCAUCUAAAUUUAACAAAUCGAAGUGGACGCCAGGAAGAACAAGUUAUGCAACUUAUUACGAGUAUUGUUCAAUAAAAAUAAAUAACUUUGCUUUUCCAAAUAAUUACUGUAAAUUAUCUCAAGCCCAAAAACAGCUAAAUAAGACACAGAUACAAAACACACUCACACACCCACAAACACACAUAUGUAUUAUGUAUUAAACAAAUGGUAAAUUACUAACAAAAAUCGAAGCCUAACCACAACAGCAACAAAAUGAAACAAACAAGACAACAAACUAUAUAUACUUGCAUAUUAAACAAAUUAUAUGAAAUUAUAUAAAAUGAUGUUGAUUAUUGAUUUAAAUUAAAACUGAGAAAGUGAAUAAAACAAAUUAUAUAUACACCUAUAUAUAAAUAUUAAACAAAACAGAAGCAAAACUUUCAUUUGUGUUUUCCUUUUAGUUGGUAUACGCAUACAUACGAACACAGUGCUACACUGAGCGAAACGACGUGCAAGUGUUAGCCCAAAACGACAUGUACAUACACACCCACACAACAACAUAUACCACACAUAAGAACACCCACAGUGAAACACCCACGAACUGACCAAAAAGCAAGUCGAACGAACACAUGAAUGUACUAUAUUAUAUUAUAUUAAAUAUUGUAUUAUUUUCGAAAACGUUCUCAAAGCAAGCAGAAUGCAACGCAUAGCCCAUCACGAAAGCACAAAUCAGUAGAGGAAGGAAGUUAAAGUAAAUAAGAUACUAAAAUAGGCCAGAGAUAAAUAAAACGAUAAAUAAAAAGGAAAAACAAUAUAAGUAGCAGUCCAUGUACUUUUAUUUUCUAGAUAUGUAUGUAUGUAAUUUAUAUUCGAGGUAAAUCAGGCAUUAUGCAUUUAGCAACCAGACAAGAGCAUAAAACCGCAUCUAGGAUUCACCAUCGAGACAAGAUCAAAGGAUCGGGAUCGAUCAUCCUACACUUCACCAUAGCUACAGCCCCGAUUCCAAUGGGGAAAAUCCGAGUGUAGGGGAAUCCCCCUCCAAUGUCAGCCAGUGCAUUUAUUUUGGUCAAAGGGAGCACGAGGCAGCACUUCGAGGAAUCGGGAUAGUAUACAUAUAGAGCGCACCUGAGGGAACGAUCACGAUCGCGUAGAGUAAUGUAUAAGUACAGAUGAGUAACGACAAAUACAAGAUAUAGAAAUAUGCGUUAUAGGUUGAACAGACCCAAGAUAUAGGACAAUGUUUGAUGUUGAUAUGAGUUAAUCUGGCCACCUAGCGUGCGCAUUAUAUGCAUAGAUACGAACAUACAUACAUAGUGCAGGAGAUAGGCCCUCCUCCCAUAGGAUCAUUUUAUAUACCCAGAAUUCCGAGGGAGGGCAGCCACAUUAUACAUAACCAUCGACAGCACCGCAUAGUAUGAACACAGCAUACGGCAUAUACAUACAUACAAGUAUCCACUUAACCGAGCGAUAUGCAUACAUAUACACCAGGACAUAAGGUCCACAAGUACUUUUCCCAGGAGCUAUCCAUCCCUCGGUUCAGAUCCAGACACUAUAUACCUACAUAUAUGAAUACAUAUAUACCUACACGUACAGAAACUCAUCCAGCACUUACACUCGCGGAUAUCAUUUUAUGACUCUUUCCGGAGUUUUGUUGUUUACGAUAAACUGUUUAUAGCUGUUUUUGAAUUUUAAAUAAAUUAUAUUUACUAUAUGGCAAAACAAAGAAUAACACUAAAGCAAACCCAUAUAUGAUAGUAAUAUGUAUAUGUUUUAAAUGCUAUUACCAAAACGAAUCUUAAAUUGAGGCUCUGCAAGCAGAGAGUUGCAAGCUAAAGAAGAAUAUUACUGAAUAAACUGCAUAUAUAUAUACACACUAAUGUGCAACUGUAUUGCAAGACAAGCAUAGCAUUUUAUUUCCGAGGCAAAAGAAUUUAACAAAACACACACACACCCACACUACCACACUCUCCGGUGAACUCUGACACCUGUGCACGGUGGGCGGCAAUCGCAGGUGCGCCCAAGGGCCUCCAGAUUCCGCCACAACCGUACUAACCCCCAACAAAAGAACAAACCCCAAGACAAGAGCCACAGAUAGAAGAUCUAUGUAAAACACGAUGUGAACGACACAGAGGAAUGUUUAUAAACAAUAAACAAAUGUUUGAAAACUAA